AUGAAUGGAAAUAAAGGUAUUGAUUCAAAAGACUGUGGAGAGUAUGAAGAUGACUUUGAAAAGGAUCUGGAGUGGUUGAUUAAUGAAAAAGAAAAGAACAGCGUCCACAUAAUCGAGGUGGCUUACGGGAAGGAAGAGAUUAUUAACCAAGAAUUAAAAGAGAACGAAGAAGAAAUAGACUGCACCAAGCAGCUUUCUGAUCCUGACAAAUCUUUGAAGGAUGAAGUUUCAUCAAGAAGAAAUGACUUCAUUUCUGUGCCAAGUGUACAACCUUUGGAACCCAUGUCAGAUUCAGAUAGUGAAUACUCUUUCCAGGAAUCCAAAGUGGAAAGCCCAAAAGACCUGGAGGAAGAAGAGGAUGAGGAAGUAAGGAGAUAUAUUAUGGAGAAAAUUAUACAAGCCAACAAACUUCUACAGAAUCAAGAACCUGUGGAUGAUAAAAGGGAGCGGAAACUUAAGUUCAAGGACAAAUUAGUUGAUCUGGAGGUUCCUCCACUGGAAGACACUGAUGAUUACAAAAAUUGUUUUGAUAAUGAAAGUAAUGUGUCUGGAAAGCUUUCACAGUUAUGUAUUUCCAAUGAAAUUACACAAGAAAAUGUGCUCUUAUCAUUUAAUGAUACAAGCUGUGAAGAAAGCAAGGAUAGGAAGAUACUAGUAGAGAGAGAUGGAAAAUUUGAACUUCUGAAUUUACAAGACAUUGAGAGCCAGGGUUUUUUGCCACCCAUUAAUAAUAAUACCGAGAAUGAACUUCCACCGUUACCACCCAGCUCUCCCAACUCUUUUGUCAAUGGUGUUAUGAAAGAAGAGUCUGUUGCAAAGACUCAUGCUGUUGCUCCCUCAUCAACAGGAGAACAACUGGCUUUUGUCCCUCAGCCACCAGCCAAUCCCAAGACUCGUCCACACUCUGCUGUCAACUCAGAUAGAAGUAAAGGAACUAAGAAAUCCAUUUACAGGACCCACUCUACAAAUAUAUCUCCAGUGACUUCAACAUAUUGUCUUUCCCCUCGACAGAAAGAACUGCAAAAACAGCUGGAACAAAGGAGAGAAAGGCUCAAGAAAGAGCAGGCAAAGAGAGGAGAUCCACAUCAAGCUUUUCGGUUAUGGCUUAAAAAAAAGCAUGAAGAGCAGAUGAAGGAAAGAAAGACAGAAGAGCUAAGAAGGCAAGAAGAAUGCUUAUUUUUCCUUAAAGGAACAGAAGGCCGUGAAAGGGCUUUUAAACAAUGGCUAAGAAGGAAACACAUAGAAAAGCUAGCAGAGCAACAAGCUGUCAAAGAGAGAAGUAGACAGCUCCGACUGGAAGCAAAACGUUCCAGACAGUUACAGAGCCACCUCUAUACUGUGUCAGAAGCCAAAUCAUUUCGUUUUACUGAUCACUACAACUGA